CGUAGUGGUACAAUUAUUUGCGCGUAUGUUAUUUUCACAACGGUCUUAUAAGAAUAUAUAAUAUCAAGGAUUACCAAAUAAAAAAACAAAUCGAAGAAUUUCGGGCACAUUUUCCAAAGGUUUUCCUCGUUGCGUUAGUUCGCAUCCGAAUUCGCAUCCCUGGUUUCGGUCUGGGUUUUCUUUCUAUCCGAACUGUGUAUUUUCUGAAGUCCUUCGCUGAUGCGGUCGUCGUUCGUGUCGGUUGGAUUUCUGUUAAUUGUUAAAUGCAGCAGGAGGUCCUUUUCGUCCUGUCUCUGAAAAAGUCGUUCGAAGUUUUUAUUUUAACUCGACCCGCCGCAAUUUUGUGUGCAAGUUGUAAUUAAAAUUUCAUUCAGUGAUGGGGGUUGUCAGAUAAAAAUAAAAAUAAAAAUUGGAAAAUUCCCCAGUGCGAGUGUCAUUUAAUAAAAUUUAAAAAAAAGGAAGUGAUUUGUCACUUGAGAUAGUGACAUCUAUCGAAAGUGUGCACACAAGAUACCAGCAACAACAACAACAAGAAUAAAAAUACAUAAAAUAUAAUUGGAAAAGUUGCAAAGUUCGUUCGAUUUUUUCGUUGUUGUUAUUUUGUAUUGAGUUUUGUUGUGGGUUUUGUUUCGAUAACCAAAACCAAAACGAAGGCCUUCAACUCUCUCGGGAGUUGGUUAAAAUAAGUGGAAGACGACGAAGAAGGAUACAAAAAUAUAAAAAUACGCCACCACGGUACUAUUGAAAGCAACCUUUUGUGGAUACAAACUUAUACACCUGCUGGAACACCACCACCUUCUCUCCGAUAAAAAGGGUUUCCUUCCAACAAUCGUCCUUUCCCGACGACUUGCCGCUGUCUUUUUUAAUCCCGGGCAUAAUACAACACAACCCGUGUUGUGUGCUGCUCCAGAGGAAUAUACAAUAGAAACAUUUAAGGGGGCAAAAGAAUUUUCCAAAAUCUACACAGAAAAAAAAGGAACACGAAUAAUUUCAAAGUGACACAUGAAACUGGUUCAUAAAAUGUCUUCCAGCGACAAGUAAGGCAGAGAGCUUUCAUAUCUUCAUUAUUUAAUCAAAAGUGCACAAUAACUUUGACACUGUCUGUGCUCAUUUCGUUUUCGUGUCUUUUUUUUGUUGGUCCUGCACUUGAAGACUUCUUAUUCAAAAAAAACGAAACGAGAAAUAUUUAAAAUAAAAAGAAGGAAGAGGCAAAAACCACAACCACCACAAACACGAGGACGACGAGUACGACGCGGCGUCAACGUCAUCUAAAAUGUCGACGUUUGAAAAUUGUCGACCCUUUUUUCCUAGGACAUCAUUAUUUUCAUCGUGCCUCGUCUCUAGCUUCAGCUUCAGUUCCAUCUGCAGCUCCACGUAUGAAUGAACGAUCUUUGCGCAUUCAGGAAGAAAGGUCCUCCCGUUCGAGUGUGUCUGUCUAGAAAAAUAAUACAAACAAAAAAGCAGGAGACAUAUCAGAACCCCGCAGGCAGAUUCAGAGCUAAAUUUUGUCAUCACACUUAGAUACACCGAGUUCAUAUAGAAGUUGCAGCAGAAACUAUAUUCCUCGUUUUUUUUUAACUAUUCAUACGUUGUUGGUACCUACCUAGCUAAAAGAAAAACCGUUAAAGCGCUGUACACGUUAUCAACACCGGAAAGUGGUUCUUUUUCCAAAUUCAUAAAUACAGAAAUAUCCUUUCAAGAAUUCAAAUGCAUCAGGUAUGCCACAGAGCCACAAAAUAAAGCUCUCAGUCGCAACAAUCUGGUGAAAACAUUGCCUGCCUUAUAAAGUGGAUUACAGCAGCUCAUAAGGACAUUCAGGAUUUCAAGUUAAACGAAGCGUCGAAUUCGUUCUUUAUGCUUCUCAAGUAAAAAGAACCAACAUAAAAACAUACACCGAGCAGAAUAGAACAUUCAUAGAUACUCGUAUAAGCUGCGUGGCACGUUUCUGAUUUACAAAAAAGUGUUAAGGAUAAAACAUACAUCUUUAGGAGGUGUUUUUAUUUUAUUUUUUAGUCCUCACACUCCUUGGGGCUCAGAGACUCAGACUGAACACUGAACCUCAACCCUCAAGCGUCAUGGUGAAGUAAAAGAAAAAUAAUAUGAGUGAAGAAAAAAUUAAGAUGUGUCUAAGUGCACGUGGAUGAGUGAUUCGUGCGUACGUACCUAUUUGUACUUUUUUCUUAUUAUUUGUUGCUGAAAUUUGUCUGUCGAGGAAAUUAUCCCGUCAAAAGGAUAUUUUUAUCACACCACAGCAGCUCGCAACCCGAAACCCAGUUACAGCAACAACAACAAUAACAUCAUCAUCUAAGGAACAUCCAUAAUAAUGUAAAAUCGGCGGAAGGAAGUCGUAAUUUUUCGUACACAGAUUUCCUUUUGCACUGACGACGACGACGACGACGAACGAACGCACAUCGAACGAGAGUAUAAAGGAUUUUGGUCGGGAAUAGGGAGUCCUGUGCGCUCCUUGCUUCGUUUUUCUUUUUGUUGGGUGUUGUUUAAAUUUUUGUUUGUGUUUUGUAAAUGUGUAUAUUUUGUGGGUAGACGCAAUUUUUCAAUUGGCAGUACAAAAGGAUUAUGCCCUUAAAAUGAAUUUAUCCUUCGAUACACGGAUCAUUCUACUCAUCUACAGUUUGCUUCAAGGUUUAGCGGGCCUCCGCUUAGUGAAAGUCUCAAUACCAGCCUACAAGCUACGUGGUGAAUCCACAUUCCUUGAGUGUCAAUACGAACUGAGCCGACCGAAUGGAAGCAACAUGCUGAAUGGUAAUCUCAGACACAGUGGCAGCAGUAGCGGCAGCAAUAAUGAUGGCGGCCGAGGUACCAGUACCAAUAAUAAUGGCGGCGGCAACGGAGGCGAUACGUACAUCGAUAUGGAUUCCGAUGACGGCUUAUACAGACGAAUAAGGACCCAUCAGUAUCGCCGAAUAUACCACCAACAACAGCAACCACAAUAUUCCCUGCAACCGCAACAAUAUCAGACACAAGCCUCAUCCUCAUCCUACAGGAUAUACGAUGAGCCAAGUCGCCUGCGGGACCAUCACAAUACGUUUAGUGGCAGCAGUAGUAGCAACAACAACAACAACGGCAUAAGCACGUCAAAUAACAACGGUGGAAGUGGGGGAAUUGAGAUCGACAGUGCCGAGCGCAGUGAUGAGGGUGAAGCUCUUUACGCUGUCAAAUGGUACAAGGAUAACGAGGAGUUCUAUCGGUUCGUUCCCAAAUCUGAUCCACAAAAGCAGAGCUUCCCAGUCGAUGGAAUACGUGUUAUUGACGAACACUCAGAUAGCAGGCGAGUCUUGCUGCGAGGAUUGACACUCAAUUCAACUGGGCUCUAUCGAUGUGAAGUAUCCGCCGAAGCACCAAACUUUUCAUCUGUCCAGGGUGAAGGACGUAUGGAUAUUGUAUAUCUUCCACGUGAUGGUCCACAUAUCAAAGGUCAACAAUUUCAAUAUCAGAUUGGUGAUACGCUCAAUCUAAAUUGCACAUCAGGAAAAUCACAUCCUGCGUCACAUCUACAGUGGUUUAUAAAUGAUGAACCGCUGAUUCACUCGAGUUCCUUGGUGCGGUAUAAUGACACCGUGCAUAGGCAUGGUUUGAUAACAUCGACCUUAGGACUACAGUUGACUGUUGAUGGAAGACAUUUUCACGAUGGAGCGAUGCGUGUUAAGUGCUUAGCGAGUAUAUCACCGGUCUUGUGGAAGGGCGGGAAGGAGAGUGUUCUGCAGCGGCGACCGGGCGUCAUAGAUAAUAGGGAGGCAAUGUUAUUAGUUUUGAGCUCUGCAUCAAAAACGUACUGUAGUUUAUCCCUGGUGGCAAUCAUACUGAUCCUGUAUAGAUUUGGUCAAUUAACCCUCAUGAUUGGGCUGAGAUAAAAAAUUUUAAAAAUAAUUGUGUACAGAAAAAUAUAUAAAAUAUUAUUUAAAAAAGGGUCAUUAUGACUCAAAUAAAAAAAAUAUUUGUUUCUUAUUUUUAAAACAAUUAUUAAAUUUUAUUAAAUUGAUAUUUUUAUUUUCCCAGAAACAAAAAUGUAUAUAGCAAAAAAUAAUAAAUGUAUAAUGGUAGGUUAAAAUUUUACUUGCUUUUGCUGUAUAUAUCUUCAAAUUAAAAUAUUUUUAUAUAGCAAAUUUUAUCAAAAACCAAAAAGAAAACAAAAAAUCAAUUAUUUCCAAAAUUAGUUAUUUAUACCUGACAGAAAAAUGAAAACUGAAAUAAGAGCAUACAAAUAUAUACAAGAAACAAAAACAAAAGAUCAACAUAAUCAUUUCAUUAAUUUUAAAUCAUAAAUAAGGUAAAACUUUAAGAUUGGGAAACUACGGUGAUUGAAUAUAUUAUGUAGAAAAAAUUAAAAAAUAUAUAAAUCACAUUUAUACCACUAUCAUAAUUAUAUAAACAUAAAUAAAUGUAGAUCAAUUAAAAUUAAGAACAAGAAAUGUGUAUAUUAAAAUAAACAAAAACAUAGAUAAAGAAACGUAGGGAUACUUGACUUGGUAUAUUAAAAAUGUGCUUUUAGCGAAAAACAAAAAUUAAAUUAAAUUCAAUUAAAGUGUACGAGAUUUUAAUAUUAAUUUGUGCUGUUUAGACAAAAUGAAAAAGAAAAAUCAAUAUAAAAACGAACGACAAACAAACAUACAUAUAUAUUUCAAAUGUGAGUUUAAUUAAUUUUGAACACAAAAUAUAAUAGAUAAGUAUUUAUCUCCGUAUAUAUAUAUUUAUAUUAUUUGACUUUACAGCACUAGCAAGAUUUAAUUAAAUAAAAUUAUGUAAAUUAGUUUGUUGCAACUUUCUUGUAUUGAAAAAAAAAUAAUUAUUUCAGAAUAGCAUGAUUUUCUUUUAAGUUGCAUUGUUUGCGUGAAAUAUAUGAACGUAAUGAUAUUUUAAAGUUUUUAAAUACACUGCGUAUAGUUUUGAGUUUUUUUUUUAUUUCAAAACUUAUUUUAUUGAGUUUCGUUUCGAAAAUCAAUGAAGUUAUGUAAAAAAAGAUUGCCUUAUGUUAAUAUCACAAAAUGAUAAAAAGGAAUUAGGUAUAUAAAACUUAAAAAAAGAAAAACUGAAUUAA